CAGAGCUUUGCUCUUUCAUUUGGUAGGAAAAAAAAAAGCUUUAAACUUUUUUUUUUUUUACAAAUUUUCAUUCUUUCAAUCAACCAACAAUGACGACGAUCCUCACUUUACAAUCCUCGCUAACCCCUUCACGAGCUCCGGUUACAAAGCACGCGAAUUUCAAUCAGAUUCCGUCGUGGGUUUCUCUGAAAUCGAGCACUUCAUCUGUAAAACUCGAGCACAAGCAAGGGCAAGUCGAGAAUCUUCAUCUGGUCUCCUUGUCUAAACACGGCAAGCUCAACGAGGCGUUUGAGUUUUUCCAAGAAAUGGAUAAGGCUGGCGUCUCCGUCGCUCCGUACUCUUACCAGUGUCUCUUCGAAGCUUGCAGAGAGCUAAGGUCUUUAUCUCACGGGAGAGUCCUCCACGAUCGAAUGCGAAAGGACUGUGAGAGUCCUUCCGUGACUCUUCAGAACUGUGUGUUGCAAAUGUACUGUGAGUGCGGGAGUUUGGAGGAUGCAGAUAAAGUGUUCGACGAAAUGCCUGAGUUAAACGUAGUUUCUAGAGUUACGAUGAUGUCUGCUUACGCAGGACGAGGUCUUUUGGAUAAAGCUGUUGGUUUGUUCUCGGGGAUGUUAGAAUCAGGAGAGAAGCCAACUUCUUCUGUUUAUACUACACUCUUGAAAUCUUUGGUGAAUCCUAGGGAUUUAAAUGUUGGUAAACAGGUUCAUGGUCAUGUUAUACGUUCUGGGUUAUUGGGGAAUGCGUCUAUAGAGGCUGGGGUCUUGAACAUGUAUGUGAAAUGUGGUUGGUUAGUGGGUGCUAAGCUAGUGUUUGAUCAGAUGGUAGUGAAGAAACCGGUGGCUUGGACGGGGUUGAUGAUAGGUUAUACUAAAGCCGGAAGAGCAAGAGAUGCUUUGAAACUGUUUGUGGAUUUGGUGACGGAAGGUGUUGAAUGGGACAGUUUUGUGUUUUCAGUUGUUCUUAAAGCAUGUGCUUCUCUUGAAGAGGUUAAUCUCGGCAAGCAGAUUCAUGCCUGUGUCGCUAAGCUUGGACUGGAGUCUGAUGUCUCUGUUGGAACUCCUCUCGUUGAUUGUUACAUCAAAUGUUCCAGCUUCGAGUCUGCUCUUCUUGCAUUCGAAAAAAUCAGUGAACCAAACGAUGUUUCCUGGAGCGCAAUCAUCUCUGGAUACUGUCAAAUGAGUCAGUUCGAAGAGGCUAUUAAAACUUUCAAGUCUUUGAGAACCAAAAGUGCAGCGGUUCUAAAUUCGUUCACUUAUACUAGCGUAUUCCAAGCGUGUUCCGUACUUGCAGAUUGCAACAUUGGUGGCCAAGUCCAUGGAGAUGCUAUAAAAAGAAGCCUGGUUGGUUCUCAGUAUGGAGAAAGCGCUCUCAUUACGAUGUAUUCAAAAUGCGGAUGCUUAGAUGACGCACGUGCAGUCUUUGAGUCGAUGGACAACCCCGACGUUGUUGCUUGGACGGCUUUUAUAUCAGGUCACGCCUACUAUGGAAACGCCUCUGAAGCUCUGAGAUUGUUUGAGGAAAUGGUGAGGUGUGGCAUGAAGCCGAACUCAGUGACUUUUAUUGCCGUUUUAACCGCAUGCAGCCACGCUGGUCUGAUUGAACAGGGUAAGUGUUACUUGGACACGAUGCUUCCAAAGUACAACGUGGCUCCAACUAUUGACCAUUAUGAUUGUAUGAUAGACAUUUAUUCCCGUGCGGGAGUAUUAGAGGAAGCACUCAAGUUUAUGAAGAGUAUGCCUUUUGAGCCUGAUGCAAUGAGUUGGAAAUGCUUUCUAAGUGGGUGUUGGACGCACAAGUAUCUCGAACUGGGGGAGAUUGCUGGUGAGGAGCUUCGCCAGCUCGAUCCAGAAGAUACAGCUGGAUAUGUUCUCCCGUUUAAUCUGUAUACGCAGGCUGGAAGAUGGGAAGAAGCUGCUGAGAUGAUGAAACUAAUGAACGACAAGAUGCUAAAGAAGGAACUGAGCUGCAGCUGGAUCAGAGAAAAGGGCAAGAUUCAUCGGUUUAUAGUGGGUGAUAAACACCAUCCACAAACUCAGGAGAUCUAUGAGAAGCUCAAGGAGUUUGAUGAUUUUAUGGAAGGUGAUGUGUUUCAGUGUAGUAUGACAGAGAGAAGAGAACAGCUUCUUGAUCACAGCGAGAGACUUGCCAUUGCAUAUGGGUUGAUAUCGGUGAAUGGCCAUGCCCGUGGACCUAUCAAGGUAUUCAAGAAUCUCCGGGCGUGCCCAGAUUGCCAUGAGUUUGCAAAGCAUGUAUCUUUGGUUACAGGACAUGAAAUCAUCAUCCGAGAUUCUCGAAGGUUUCACCAUUUCAAGGAGGGGAAGUGCUCUUGCAACGAUUACUGGUGACUGGUGAUCUUUAGUGUCUGUAUUAGUAUAUGUAGAAUGAGUCUGCAAAUUAAAAAGAGAGUGCAAACGUGGAUACAUUACAAGUUAAGUAGUGCAAAUGCAAUUCUUCAGUAUACAAAACUGGAUUAACAUUUUCUUGACUGCAAAAGUAC